AUGGAAGACCUGCAUGUGGAGUCGGCGCGUGAUAUAUCGAAGCCUUUAGAUGAUACGUUGCUCGCUGCGCCAGGCAUGCACUGCGGCGUCAUAGGGGAAGAAAGCACGCUCCACCUCUCCGACAUCAAGGGCGCGGAGUGCAUCGGCGGCAACCCGGCUCCCAUCAAAGCCACAGAAGCCGAGUUGAUGAGCCUAGCCUCGAUCGAGACUCAGCCGCCGCCAAUAUACAAUCAGUUCGGCUCAGUAUAUGCGAAUGCAGAUUUUUCUUACGACCCUGAUAAGCAGUAUUCCGGAAUAGGUGCUUACUACAACGGCUGCUAUGGCAUGGAAGGCCCCUGGCCGUGCAAUGUCAACCAGUCGCUAGAUGGUAUCGAGUCCCUGCAGAGCCAGCUGUCAUUGGAUUCGCAGUCAUCAGUGUACAGCGCCCCCGGCAAGGGCGCGACGAAGUUAGAGCCUGAAGCGCAACCCAUCGGAACGACGCUUAUGGAUAUGCAAAAUCAGGAGUCAUAUCUGCAGCAGCAGCAGCCGUGCCUGACGCAUGGACUACCCAACAAGGUUGUUGCGAUGAACCCGGUCAUCCUGGUCGACAAGGUCGAGAGGUCCCUCAUCGUGCAGUGGUACGAGAACGGCGUCAAACGCGAGCAGCGCAUCUCUUACAAAAAGUAUGGUAACGCAAAGGCGCAGCAACGCGCGGAAAGCCUUAUCACAAAGCUUAUGUCGGGGUCAACAUUUGACCAGCUUUACCCGGAAAAAGGACCACCGAUUCUUACCAUAUUCGAAAAUGUCGGCCGGUACAACGUCACGCUCACCCGCGACAGGAUUCUGCGCGAGUGGCGGGUCGAGUGGACCAACAACACCGGCGGCAACAUGCGUGCGCGCUGGUCGUGCAAGAAGGUCGGCAACGAGGAGGCCAAGAGGCGAGCGGAGACCUUCGCCAACAGCCUCAUACAGGGGACGUUCAACCCAAGGCUGCUGCACAAGGCCACCGGCACGCGCCUCUCGAGGAACGAUAUGAAGUACAGCGCAGUGGUGAACGACCCCGGUUACGAUCCGAACAACCUUCCGUACGGACUCAACGUCGGGCAGAGGCGUCAUCGCAAAGAAACAGCGCCCAGAAGGAAGCGGAACAUGGCCAACGCCGAACCGGGUCGCAAGAAGGGGACGCGCACUGUCACACGCAAGAGGCAGAUGCAGGGUGACCUCAACGCGCCGCCAAACGGGUUGCCGCUUGACGUCGCGAACACGCGCCUCGAUGUGUCGUACCCUGGAUUCUAUCCGGUCGUCGCGGACCCCAACGAACAGGACUGCGCGCUCAACCACUCGUUUGACGGUAUGGGCUCCCAGGGCGAGGCCCUCGCGGCGCAGAACUGGCUCAACUGGUCCGCCGCGGGUCAGAAGCCGCCUUACGCCGGCGGCUCGGAGUGGGACUUCGGCGAGUUGCAAAAUGACAUCAACGGCUACGGGAAGCUGUAUGACAUCCCGCAGACCAACUCCAUGCCCUACGGCGAAUGGAUGAACACCAACGGCAUGGCCAAGUUUGGUAGCCCGACCUUAGACGCCCCCAUGACCAUGUGCGAGCUUGCCGAGGAUGCGCCGGCCGAUUCGCAGAACGCUAACGCGCCCUUCUUUGCCUGCUACCCGUAUUUCCCCACCAACCAAUCGAUCUGCUACAGCGACCCCAUGUCCUCGCAGGAUCAGCUUGGUGGCAGCGGCACGUUCUUCGACACGGAUUUCCUGUCGGAAUCGCAGAACACCAACCCUGCGAUGAACUACGCAUCCAUGCAGUGGAUUGAUCCGGACAUGCCGAAUGCGGACCCAGGUAGCGCGCACCUCAUGAUGUCAACGAAUUCGAACAGUGACGGUGGCAUGCCCCUGCUGUCAGCUCAGAUGAAGGGCAAGAAGUCCAGAAAGGGGAAGAAGUCGUCCGAUGAAAGCGCAGUGUCGUCCUACGAUUGCGGCGCUGACGUUACGGGUGUGGGAAUGGCCACGGCAUGGCAAGCGUACAAUGGCUUCCCAAUGACCGCUAUUAACAUGAAUGGCUCGGGCUCCCCCUCUGAUUUCAAGCCGAUGGACAUGUACAACGGCGAAGGGGGCUGCAUACGCAUUGGCAUGGGUGACGCGUCGAAGAAGGAUAAGGACAUGAGCAAGGAAGCCGCCGGAGCUCCGGAAAUGCCGGGGUUCUACGCGGUCCCCAACAUGGUGGCCAAUGGCGGCAUGCAGUCCACCCAUGCCAUGGGCAACAUGGGGAACCUGUACUAUUAA